AUGCGGGCGUUCUUACGUCGUCGCGACCGGGAUGGCAGAGCGUCUCGACGGCUGCAGCAGGCACGAGAAUGGGUCGACGGCUGCAGCUCCACCAAGAUGGGUUACUGGGAGGACCUCAAGGCAGCGGAAGCGGAUCGGAGGGAGCAGGCGGCGACGGCCAUGCAGGCCGCAUAUCGGGGCUGGGAAGGUCGCCAGAUCGCAGCCGACAGACGUGCCCGCGUGGAGGCGGCGACGUGCAUCCAGAGCCGGUGGAGAGGCGUGCUGGGGCGUCGUCGGGCGACGGAAGAACGUUGGAAACAGCUGCAGGUGGUGCGGACGUCAUACUCCCUCAAGCUGUUGACCCAACGCAGCCGACAGGUCCAGGAGGUUGGGGGCUGGGUGGAGUACUUCGACCCCGAUACAAGCGCCUUCUGGUACCUCGAAAAUUCCACGAAGCACAGCACGUGGAACGCGCCGAAAGACUUUUCGGACUCAAUGACGUGCGUGUGGGACCCGUGGCCAGUGCCUUACUCAAGCCCCCUCGACAAGCCCUGCCGAAAAGUUUUUACAAACAUGGCCGAGUUUCAGGCCCACAGGCUGAACGCGCACCCGUGGCAGUGCGCCUCCUGGGGACAGCGGAACUCCGGGAUGACGUUUCCCCGGUGCGAGCUGUGGGACAGCAAGGAUAUCCUGCCAACGAGGAGCGCGUCGAAGACCACCGGGGUGCCGAGGAGGAAGGACGUCGCAAACGGGGUCCUCGCAGAUAGAGAAGGAGUAGGGGGUGCGGUGUUGCGAGCGGCGGCAGGGGGGGCGGUUUCAGACGACGGACGCGGCGGUGGUGGAACCUCAAUCACGACGACGAUAGGGUCAGGGGCAACGGCUUCGCCCGGGAUGAACCUGCGCGUGUGUCACAGGUUUACUCAGGGAAGGUGCAACCUGUCCACGUGCCCCCAUGCCCAUCCAGGCAUUAGAGACGACGCCAAGCUGCAGAGGCUGGAGACGAAGGGCUCAAGAGGACUUUUCCAAGUUUCCCAAACCUACGGCAGUGGUGUGGAGAACGACGACGAUGUCGAGAGCUUGCUGCGUAGAAUGGGUGACGGCGGCGUCGGCACCCCCCCCCCCCCCAAGGUAUGUCCCCUUGCCCUGGCCGCGGCAUUCGGGGACGGGGAACCCCCGUGCCCCUCCGGUCAAGGGUGCAAGAUGUACCACCCGUACGUGAGGCCGUCGACGGACGAGAUCGUGGCGAGGAUCUACCCCAGGAGGAACGGGGACAGAACCAAGGUGUACCCCAGCGGGGCCUCGCUCAAGGGCAGGGUGGUCAACGAGGUUUUCCAGGGGUACGGCGUCUACUCCUGGCCGAACGGAGACGUGUUUCUGGGUGACUGGGUAGACGGGGUGAGGCACGGUGCCGGGAUCUUCCGCAGCGCAGACGGGAGGGAGUACGUGGGCUCGUGGGCCGGCAACGUCCGCGAGGGGUACGGGGUGUUGACACACCCCAAUGGAGACCGAUACGAGGGCGAGUUCCACCGCGGAAAGAUACACGGCGUGGGUUUCCUAUCUGGAGCAGGCGGCGAUACCUUGCAGGGAGAGUUCAGGGACGGCAAACCAGAGGGCAUCGGCUGCUUCCGACGAAAAAACGGCGACAAAUACAACGGUAGAAUACGGGCGGGGGAGGCCCACGGCCUGGGGGUGUUGGCCUAUGCCUCGGGCGAGAAGUACAAGGGCGACUUCAGGGCGGACGUGCGCUGCGGAAGGGGGGUGUGCUGCUACCCCAAUGGGGCAAAGUUUGCAGGGCAGUGGGAGCGCAACAUGCAGCAGGGGUUCGGGGUGUACGUGUCCCCGGGGGGCCGAGAGCGCUACGUGGGCGAGUGGUGGAAUGGCAUGAAGCACGGCUACGGCAGGUACAUCUUCGCGAACGGAGACGUCUACGACGGAGAUUUCCGACGGGACCGGGCGUGCGGGCAGGGGGUCUACCGCACCGCCUCUUCGGGCAACGGCGCGGGGGACUGCUACGUCGGGGGCUGGGAGGCCGACCGCCGCCACGGGAAGGGGCGUCUGCGAUGGGAGAACGGCAGCAGAUACGAGGGCUACUGGAAAGCGGGAGCCAUAGAGGGGAAAGGCGUGUUCGACUACGCGCAGGGGGACAAGUAUCGCGGAGAGUUUAAGGCCAGCCGGAAACACGGCAACGGGGUUUACGUCUGGGCAAACGGCGACAGCUACACCGGCGAGUUCUGCUGGGGCGUGAUCUCCGGGUUCGGGGAGAUCAAGUACGAGGUCGCGGGGCACCGCUACCGGGGGUACUGGAAGGACAACCGGAAGCACGGCUUGGGGACGUUCUGGUACGUCGACGAAAACGUGUACCACGGCGAGUUUUUCGAGGACGAGAUUCACGGCCGGGGGCGGCUCACGAUCUGCCCUGGUUCCAUCUUGGAGGAGGUUUACGACGGAGAUUUCGUGAGAGGGAUCAAGCAUGGCAACGGCGUCUACGUGUACCGAAAGGGGGAUGGGUUGGUAUACGACGGCGAGUGGGAGGACGGCCUGAGGCACGGCCAUGGUCUCCUCCGCUUCGCGGACGACUCGUUUUACAAGGGGCAGUUUCACCGAGAGCGGAAGCACGGGACCGGCUGCAUGGUGUGGGCGGACGGGUCUCAGUACCAGGGGACGUGGGUUGCCAACAUGAGGCACGGCGAAGGGACCCUUUUGCAUGCGGAUGGCAGCAUUUUCAGGGGUCGUUUCAGUCGGGACAAGAAGACCGGUCCGGGGACCGUUACCGCCCUGGACGGCAGCUGUUACGAAGGAGAGUGGGAGGACGACCAAGUGCUGGGCACGAAGGGCAGGUUUACGCUGCUCACGGGACCCGCGCACGAGGACAGAGUACACCUGAGGGUCUUCGGCUACUAG